UUAGCAAAUAGGGUCACGGCCGCCGGGAAAGGCUGCUGGAAGGAAAUCACCGCCUCCAUUCAGCGUUGAGUGCUGCGAGGUUUCUUAUCGGCGAAGAUGUCGCUGCGUGCCGCUAGAAGGUACACUUUCCCCCAACUUCCUCUCUGUAUUCGAUGUUCUUCAUCUUCCAUCAUUCUCUCUUUCCCUUUUUCCCUCACCCACACGUUCUUUGCUUAUUCUCAAACCCCAAAUGUGAAUAGCAUUCACGACUCGGUAGCUUCAUUCAAUCGCUUACUCCGUCUGUAUCCCCCACCUUCCAUAUGCCAAAUUAAUAAGAUUUUAGGAUCACUUGCCAAGUCCAAACAUCAUCGCACUGCCAUCUCAUUGUUAGCACAAGCUGAGUUCAGGGGGUUCACACCCUGUUUAUUUACACUGAACAUCUUGCUCAAUUGUUAAUGCCAUUUGGGUGACAUGCAUUCUGCUUUCUCAAUAUUGGGAAAGAUUCACAAGAUGGGUCUUCAACCGGAUACUGUGACUUUGAAUACGCUGAUAAAAGGACUCUGCAUUAGGAGCCGGGUUGGAGAAGCAUUGGACUUGUAUGAUGACCUCAUGACCAAAGGAUUUCAAUUAAAUGAAGUUAGUUAUGGAACUUUGGUUAAUGGGCUGUGCAAACUUGGCCAAUUAAGGUCUGCCAUUACAUUGGUCGAAAAGAUGGAGAGGCAUUCGGUUAAGCCUGGUGUAGUCAUAUACACCACAAUCAUUGAUAGCCUUUGCAAAUGUGGACAUGUUAUUGAGGUCCACGAAUUGUAUUGUAAAAUGAUUGAUCAAGGAUUUUUACCAGAUAUUGGCACUUACUGCUCUCUAAUCCAUGGUCACUGCAGCAAGGGACAAUGGCAAGCAGCUAACUGGUUGCUCCAUGAAAUGGUACUAUUGAUAGGCAUCGAACCUGAUGUUUGUAUAUUUAAUAUAUUGAUUGGUGCAUUUUUUCAAGAAGGAAAGAUCAUAGAAGCUGAAACUGUGCAUGGCAGGAUGAUGAAAUGUGGUGAGAAACUUAAUUUUGUAACUUACAAUUCUUUAAUGGAUGGGUAUUGUUCGAUGGGCAAUGUCAACAAGUCAAAAAAUGUAUUUGAUAAGAUGGUCCUAAGUGGAUUGGUGCCCGAUGUAAUAAGUUUCAAUAUCUUGAUUGACAGGUUACGUAAGAUCAAAAUGGUUGAUGAAGCUAUAGGUCUCUUUAAAGAAAUGUGUGCCAAAAACAUCACUCCUAAUACUAGGACUUACAAUUCUCGUAUCGAUGCCAUGUGCAAAUUGGGAAGAAUGUCAUGUGUGCGAGAUCUUGUUUAUGAUAUGCGUGAUACUGGUCAUGCCGCUAAUGUAGUCACUUAUAACAUUUUGUUAAAUGCAUUUUGCAAAAGCCGGAAUAUCGAUCAAGGGGUUGUAUUAUUUCAGCAAAUGGUUGCUGAGGGAGUUCAACCUAGUUUGUACACAGAUAACAUACUUCUUAAUGGUUUGUGUAAAGUUGAUAGAGUAAAUGAUGCUUGGGAGAUUUUUGAAUACCUUUCGUUCAAAGGCUAUCAUGUUGACGUCUAUACGUAUAAUUCUAUGAUCAGUGGCCUAUGUAGACAAGGAUUGCUGGAUGAAGCCAGGACUUUGCUUCCAAAAAUGAAAGAGAAUGACUUCCUCCCCGAUUCCAUAACAUAUAAAAUACUUCUUCAAGCCUUUUUGGAAAAACGUGAGGAUGACAAAGUAGAGAAUCUUCUUCAUGAAAUGUUUGCUAGUUUGAAACAAUAAAACAAGUAGAGUCAUGGAGAAGGAUCUGGAGUUGAAAAGCUGUUAAGAGCUAUCUGUAAUUGAAAAGCACCUAGCAAGGUAAAAUGGAAGUUUUAUCACACUUCUAUAAAACCAAUGAUGUUAUAUGACAGUGAAUGUUGGGCUUUAAAGGAACAACAUGAGCAUAAAAUGAGGGUAGCUGGGAUGAGGAUACUGUGGUGAAUGUGUGGCCAUAUAAAGGAAAAAAGAUAAGAUUCAUAUUGAACAUAUAUGCGAAGGAGUUGUAAUGAUUUCUAUUGAAGAGAAAAUGGUAGAAAAUUGUUUGAGGUGGUUUGGACACAUUCAAAGAAGGUUGUUGGAUGUGCUGAGGAGGAGAGUUGAUCAAGAAGUAUGGAAUUCUUUGAAAAGGGAUCGAGAAAGACUUAAGAGAACACUCAAUGAAAUUGUUGAACAAGAUCUUUUGAUUAAAAGUCUAUCCAAGGACUUCGUCAUUGAUAGAGCAUAAUAACGUGAUACGAUCCAUGUAAUGAAUCCUAUCUACUAAGAUUAGGCUUUGUUAUUGUUUCAUAGGUUUUACUCUUGUAGUUCUUAUAUUUCUUUUUCUGGGUUUAAGACUAUUAACGAUCGUUGUCUGUAUGCCUCAGUUGUAGUAACGAUGUAAUCCUUUGGCUUCAAAAGUUCUCACGGAUGACAGUUACCAAAUCCAGCAUCCUUGCUACGAUGAGAAAAUAGUAAAAACAUGUAUUGCUGAGUAUUUUUUUCCUUA